AAAAAUAAUGGGUUGUUGUGUAAUUAGCUAAUAGGGGAGUCGCUCUUGAUUCUGAGAAACCAUAGAAAAAACAGCCUGUAAUCUGUAAUCUGUUGGUGGGUUUGAAUGGCGAGCAGCUGGAGAAGAACGUUGGGCAACGUGAGGUCCUUCGUGAGCAAUUCGAUGGGUGGUCUGAAGGGCGGAAGCAACCUUGCUUCGUGGGUGGUCGCCGGAACCCUAGCCUACUACCUCUGGAUCAAACCCUCACAAGACCUCAAACGCCAACAGCAGGAGAAAGCCGCACUUGCCGCCUCCGAAGCCGAUCCAUAUCGAUACGUUGAGACUCGAAAACCUAUCCCCGAUCCUCAGGUAACGGGUUUGAGGUACGGAAAAAGAAACGAGGACAGAGAAAGCAAAUCAGAGGAUUAGCAUGCACCAGCAGUUCUCGGACAUGUUCAGCCAACAACAGUUCUUGGACAUGCUCUUCACACAACUCACCCACCAUUAUAUGGUCCUGAAAAUGGAAUCUUCACAUCACGGAAAACUUGGAAGAUAUGUAACUAGAAGACAAGAUGAAGAAUAAUGCUGCAAAAAUAUUGGAGAAAAUAGUGUAAUAAAUAUCUUGUGAAUAUUGGUAUAGGAUAGUGUAUCCAAGUUGUUUGGAUAAAGGGUUUGCUAGUUCUUGGGUAGAAUAAGGAAGGCGUGACAUCUGAACACUCCUAGGUUUCUCUAGAGAAGUCAAGUCCCACAUCCCACUUUGCCUUGGUUAGCUCACGGUCAAAGGCCUAUAUAAAGGAACUCAAGUAUGCUUUAUAACACAACUUGAUUUGAAGAAAAUACGUGAGUGUUUGAGUUUUGAGACGAGUGAGUUUUUCUCUCUCUCUAGAGAGUUUCUAAUCCUUUGAUAGUUCAGGUGACAAUUCUUUUAACUGUGUUCUUUAGCUUAUCCAAGGUGGAAGGCCUUGAGGAGAUCAAGUUCAUCUCCUUUCUUUGACUUCAAGAGGAAGCCCAUGUUAUGGUGAAAUUUAGUUUCCUUUUUUGUUUCCAGUCUUGUUCUUUCCUUUUUUUUUUCUUGGAGAACAAUUUAGAAUAGCCUGGUUCAAGUGCAGACCAAGGUUUGACCAAGAACCAAGAAACCAAACUAAAUCCUCCAAGAGGCCAAGCAAGAAGACCAUUUGGCAUUUUCCCACCAAAUCACCACUGUAAUUCAAGAAACCUACACCAUUCUUUUCCUCAAACAUUCCGCAAAACCCUACCAAAGAGUCAUCAAAGAAUCCAAUUUCCAACCUUAUACACCUUAACCUACAUUGAUCGUAGCUUGCACAUAUCCUCCUCACCAAUUCUUGGCUCCAAGAAUCAUCAAAGACUCUUCCAAGUUCUGACCUAAACCUUACCUAACUUUUUAGUUACCCUUGUUAGAAGUGGAUUUUAAGCCUCACUCAACCCCACAAAACUGGCUUGUAAAGUGAGGUUUGUACUCCACUUAUAUAUUAUAAUUUGGUCUUAUCUGUAGUCAAUGUGACACUUGCAACAACCCUCACCCUUCUACAAACAUACAAACUACAUAUUACUCAAUCCAAGAACCACCCAAGAAAACACACAAACUAGGUGAUUGUUAUUCAUUUUUUCUCAUCUUUGUGUCUUGACUUGUGAAGCUUACAAGUGGCUAGAUCCAAUCCUUCAUUCACUGGCUGGGAUCUCAUCAUACCACCUCAAUUAAAAAAUAUUUUUUUCAACAUCUGUUAGACACUGGCAAUGCAAGUGAGCUGAUAUCUACUUUUGGCUAUACACUUUCCAGAUACCUCAAUCAUAAUUUUUCUAAAAUAAACUUACAUUAUUAAUUUUAAACUUAUUUCAAAUUUGAAAUCAUUUAAAAUAUUAUGAACUGUGAAGCAUAUAUUACCCUUAUUCCAUUGAGAACAAACUUCUUUGUGCACAAAACCUUGUUUCUGUCUUGGAUGUUAGUCCGGGCUUUGUUCCAUUUUUGUAGUUUUCAACAUCUUCUGUGGUUGAGGGUAACUCUCCACCAACGUGGUGGUUACCAACACCUGAGUUUUUGUCAUUCACCUUUGUGAUUUUCAUCCAUCCUAGUUUUCAUUUUCUUUGACAGUCAUUAUCAUAGGAAAAUUUUAAAGCUUUUAAAAGAUUGUUUUAGAAGGUGAAUACAUGAGUCUUAAAUCUCAUUUAGAUUUUUGUUAUGUAGAUUAUACAUGUCUCUGCAAUUUCUUGAUCCUUUAUAUUUUUAGCAUCAGUCCAUUGUGUUCGGUGUCAUAUUGAUGCUUCACAGCUUGCAGCUUUGAAACUUGCCACCUAUCUUUUUACAGAACCUUUUGAUAUAAUAUUGUGAUCUCAAUCUACAAAUUGCAAAAUAAGCUGUUUGUGUGCCAAUGAUUUGAUUUUCU